GAAUAAACAGUUAAUUAGAAUAGAUGUGGCCAAUUAACGAAGAGUCGGGGACAGGCGACUUCACACUUCUAGCUGCCCGCGGCGGGGUCUCAACCGUCUGUCGCCGCUCAAUUAGCAAAAGGCACUGUUGGGUUGGGCUUCCUUCCUCACAGAGAUAAAAGAUGAAGGGAGCAGGUAGAAGAACUGUGCUGGCACUGCUAGGUUUCCAGGCACUCCUGAUAGUCCUGUCGUGUGUUUUGGUACGCUAUGACAGAUCAGCAGCUGCCGACGCCAAUCCCAGUAAUGACGACCAGGCAAUAGAAAAUAUGAAGGUUUAUUCAAUGUUCCAGGAUGUUCACGUAAUGAUAUUUAUUGGAUUCGGUUUCCUGAUGACCUUCUUGCGGAGAUAUGGAUUCAGCUCUGUUGGGUUCAACUUCCUCCUUUCCGCUGUUGUCAUCCAGUGGGCCAUAAUCUGUAACGGCGUCUCGGAGCUGGGUAACGGACAAUCCACCAUCUCCGUCACAUUGCAGAGCCUAAUGUCUGCGGACAUCACGGCAGCCGCUUGCCUGAUCUCCAUGGGAGCAGUACUCGGGAAAACCUCUCCUCUACAGCUUCUGAUCAUGGGGAUCAUUGAGACUGCCGUCUACGCCGCCAAUGAGUUUGUUGCCCAUCACAAGCUUCAGGUCACCGAUGCUGGAGACUCCAUCUUCGUCCACGUGUUCGGUGCGUACUUCGGCCUCGCAGUCAGCAUGGUCUUGGGCAAGCCUCGCCACUCGGACUUGGAGGGUUCUUCUUACAACUCCGACCUAUUCGCAAUGAUAGGUUCGGUGUUCCUGUGGAUCUGCUGGCCCAGCUUCAACUCCGGAGGUCUGGUGGGAUCUGCCCAACAGCGCGGUGUUAUCAACACGUACCUCUCCCUUGCAGCCUCUUGUGUCACUGCUUUCGCCAUUUCCGCCUUAUCCAACCCCAAGCGCAAGUUCGACAUGGUCCACAUUCAGAAUGCAACGUUAGCCGGAGGCGUGGCUAUUGGAACAGCUGCAAACCUCAUGGUCCAGCCUUUUGGUGCUAUGUUGGUGGGAAGUCUGGCAGGCAUUUUGUCCGUCGUUGGCUUCCAAUAUAUCCAGCCCAAGUUACUGGCCAAGAUAAAUCUCCAUGACACUUGCGGGGUACAUAACCUCCAUGGUAUGCCUGGUGUGUUCGCUGGCAUCGUCGGUGCCCUCAUGGCCUUUCUCGCCAACAAGGAUAACUAUGGAUACAACCUGUACGUGCACUUCCCGGCUCGAGUACCCGCUGAUGGACCGGAAGUAGCGGAUGCUCAACAAGCUGAUCGGGAUCUGCAGCCCAACGUUGGGCGGAGUGCGGUAGAGCAAGCCCUGUUCCAACUUCUAGCGUUGGGCAUUACCCUGGUCGUGGCUGUCGUGACCGGGGCAGUCACAGGAGCUAUCUUAAAGACCCUGGCAACAAAGACUGGAAAAACUGGCGAGGAAUAUUUCUUUGACGACUCGGAACACUGGGAGAUCGAAGGGGACGAAGACGAAGAGGAUAGCAAACACCACGAAAUCCACGAGCAAGUUGUGGACGAUAAGUGUUAGAUUACAUUGAAUUUUACAAAAUUUCAACCAUUGGGAGCAAAUAAUCUAAAUCAAUAAAAUUUUAAGUGUAUUUUUACUUUGAUGAAUUAUGAAGUAUUGUACAUGUUUAACAUCUACUUUUUUAGUCUGUGUUUUUUAUAACGUUUGCAGUGUAAUAUAAAAUAAACGUUUAACUAAAAAAAUUUGUUUUCUUCUAAAUC